AUGGCUGCCUCAUCAUAUGUUCAUGAUCAAACUGCUCACUCUACUCUUCUGACCGUCAAACCCAACCAGUUAAUGAUCGUCGAUAUAGAACCCUACAAAUAUGAGCCCUAUCUCCGGCCGAUUUUCGAGUGCCUCAAGUAUUCUCCACUGGUUCAUGCUCUAACAAAGAUGGAGGAUGUCCCGAUAACCCUAUUGUCCAAGGCGUACUCUUCUGCAAGUUCUAUUAAGAAACCUACUCUACCCCCACAAUGGAACGCUCUAUUUACUCUUCUUUUCAAAGGGUUCUCAGAAAGGGUUACAGGUUCCGACUAUGCCAGUAAGUUGUUCUUGACUAUACUCUAUGGCAUUUAUACAGAUUUGAAUGUUGAUUUUGGAGCGGAUGCUCUCACUUUUACUAUGUCAACAUUCCACACAACAGCCAACAUUGUGGCUGAUAACUCAAAAUUUUUGUUCAUCGGUUCCAUUCCAGAGGCUAUGUUUCGUGACGUACAUGUCUCUAGCAAGAUUCUGGAAGGUUAUCACAAGCUUACUCUACAAAUGCAAGCAAUAACUGAUGAGGCUAACAAACCUAAGAAAGGGGGAAAAGAUGCAAAGAAAUGCGAAAAUAAAAUUGUUGUCAAGGAAGGUACAUGUGUCACUGUCAAACCUCCACCCAAACGAAAGGCACCAAUGAACACCUCAACUGCUAUUCCUAAAAGGCGAAAACAGCCCGCUCACAAGCGAAAGACCCCCACACCAAGUGAAAGCGAAGAUGAGUCUGAUACUCAGUCAGAUAUUCGCAUAGAGGAGGAUUAUCCUGUUCGCAACGAGGAAGCUCACAACGAGGAAGUUCACGACAAGGAUGUUCGCAACGAGGAUGAUAACCUUCACAACGAAGAACAGAUAUCAAAUCCUGAGGUAAAUCAACAUCUUAACGAUUUUGUUCCUUCUCCUCCUCCCUCACCUAAAAUGACUACAACCCCAAUCACUAUUGCACCUUGUCCUCCACCAGUUUCUUCACAAAAACAAACCAAUAUUCCUCUUUCUACUCCUUUGUUCACAGAUUCGAAUGUCCCACCAACCACCAUCACCAAACCUCCUGUUUCGGUCAACAUAUCUGAUACGGGGGCUAAGACAUCAGGUUUCUCAACCCAUGUCUCAUCUCCAAUUUCCCUUAUUUUCCCAGAUGAUCCAGAUAUGGUCUUCAGGGAUGAUGAUAAUACUGAUGAAUCUCUCGGAGGAUUCACCUACAGUCCCUCCAAAUUAGGACUGAAAGUGAGGAUGAGCCAUUUGCUACGAAAGAGCAAUUGA